AUGCCGCAGCAAUCCAAAGUUGAGAAGCAAAUCCUUGGUGAGAUCGAGGAAGAUCAGGAGGAGAAGCGGAGGCGGCGAGAGUUUCGUGAGAAGCAGCAGGCACGAGCUGAGCGUAAAAGGACUCGACAAGAGGAGAAGCUCAGAAAAGAGAAAGAGAGAAAAGCAAAUAAAGAAGCCAAAAAGAAGCAACGUGAAACCCAGCGAUUGUUGGGUGAGGGCGGUCUUCCGGGCAAACCCCAGAGAGAUGCCUCGAGGUUGCAGAUGCAUCAGAUGGAUGAUGGAGGCUUUGGAGAAGAUGGUAUGAAGGCAGAUGGUAAUGAUCUGGGAGACACAAGCAUCACUGUGAAGUCGGAGGACGAUAUGCGACCAAGGCAGCUGCAACGAUCAUCGACCACAGUUUCGGGGAUUUCGUAUGCCACUGCAACCUCAGAUGCAUCAGACACCUUGCCAGACAGCGAUGAUGAAGACUCUGUGCGAUACAGUCGACGCCUCUCCCCGCAGCUGAGCAGGGGAGCUUCCAGAAACUCACUGCGAGGUCGCCAAACGACGUCGUCGAUGAUGGACGAUGGAACCGCUUCCAAGAAAAGCAGAUCUACCAUCACGGGUGCCAUCAGCGGCGGACUCCAAAACACGGGCAAUAAUUUGAUUCGUACAGGCACAACAAUAGGGCUAUUGCUCGGAGUGGUGCCCUCCAAAUCGUCAAGGGAUUUCUUGAAGAGAAAGGUGGCGAGGCUGUUGCCGAAGCGUAGCCAGGCUGGGCGCCUGAAGGCUUCCGACAGAGAAGCAGCAGAUGACGAUGAUGAAGCUUCGCAGGAUAGUGAGACAGAGCAAAUCAAAGAGGUGCGGCGCAAGUUCAAGGAGAAGCAACUGCGCUCGUCAGCUUCUCUGGACGGUGCCAGCGAGAACGUGCUGGCACGUGCCAGGGAAGCUGUAGGCAUUCCGGAAGACCCAAGCGAAUAUUCCUGCUCGCUCAAAAUGCAGAGCAGAACAGGUAUAUUGUGGCUCCGUAUGCAAAUCGCUGUGAAGAAGAUAGCUGCGCAAGACCAUCCUCCUCAUCCCUCUUUGAAGAAGUUUGUUGAAUCGUUGAGGUUUGAAGCAGCGAUAGGUGUCUUGAUCGUCUUCAAUGGAAUCAUCUCGGGCAUGGAUGCCAUGUACAAGCCAGGUGAAGAAAGGGCAUCAUUCAUCACCAUAGCGGAAGUAUUCUUCGUGGUCAUUUUUGUCAUGGAGUACUUUCUGCGGCUACGUGCAUCAACUUGGGUUUUCAUUUUUGAGCCCAUGAACAUGUUCGACACGUUUGUUGUUUGGAUUACUGGCGUCCUUGUAGUUUUCAUUCUGGAGCCACUUGGUGUGGAGUUUGAUCCUUUGCGGCGUUUAGCUGCGCUUCGAGUGCUGCGUCUCGGUCGCCUGGCACGCGCUGUGAGAACAAAACCGAUGUUCCACGAACUGUGGAUGCUGGUCAGCGGCGUGCUGAACUGUACCAUGCUUUUGUUCUGGUCGAUGGUGAUCAUCGCGAUUGUCCACUUUAUGUUCGCUGUAGCGGUCAUGGAGAUCAUCACGAAAGCUGAUGUAUUCAGGGGUGACGAGACCGUGGAAAAGUUUUUCCCUUCAUUGGCAUAUUCCAUGUUCAGCUUGUUCCAAUUCAUGACAUUCGACAGUUGGGCAGAUCCUUCGAGGAAGAUCAUAGCAAAAAUGCCGGAAGCAGCCGGCCUGAUUCUUUUCUUCCUUGGUGUUGCCGGUAUUGUUCUGUUCAACUUGAUGACGGCCAUUGUGGUCAAGAAUGCGUUUGAUGCGGCAGAGGCUGACGAAGAAGCGAAAGCCCAACAGCAGGUUCAGAACCAAGCCACCAUGGCAGCCGACCUUCGAGAGAUGUUUCAGGCCCUCGAUGAAGAUGGAAGCGGAACGCUCACUCGAGAAGAAUUCACCGAUGUGCUGGAUGACGUCAUGUUCAUCCGACACAUGAAGAAGUUAGAUAUCGACUUGGAAGAGCUUCCUGACAUUUUCGAUAUUCUGGAUGAUGGGGAUGGGAGCAUCACCACAGAAGAGUUCUGCAUGGGUUUGACUCGACUGCAAGGGGUGGCGAUGAGUCGUGACAUGUUGAGGUGCACAUCGCGCAACAUGCAGCUAAACGACCUCUUUGGUCAAGUUUCCGAAUGCAUGGGUGUCAAGGUUGACAAAACAUUGGGCAUGAUCGAGAUGAGCAUGGAGGCAACACAUGAGAAUUUGGUAGAGUUGCAGCAGAUGACCGCAGAGGUCCUAAAGAAGCUCGAAGAGGCUGGCCUCCACCGAGCAGUCCGCUCGACCACAGAAAGCUUGGAGGAGAUCCCACCUCCCACGCUGGAAGACAUUGCUCAGCAAGAAGAAGAAGCUGCGCGGCAAGCAGACUUGGCAAAGUUCAGCCGCGCCUCCAGCAGCAGAAGUGUAAAGUCAAGCUCGCAGUCUCGUGCGACAGAAAGCUUCCCGCGCAUUCCAGCAACAUGGGUCAUCACCAGAAAGAAGGAUCUGGAGCAACGCAAGCAGGCUAUGCGAGCUCAGCAAUGGGAAGAUGUCGCGGCAGAGACGGUCAAGGAAAUACAAGAGCUACCGGGUGUCUUGCAGGAGUUUCAGGAAAGCUGGUCUAGCUUGGAGGUGCAGGUACCCCAGCAGACCAGGGAAGACCGCAUCGCAGCUUCGAUCAAGGCUUCUGCUGCUUCCGCCUCCAAACCCAGCAAAUCUGAAGGCACUGGCGCCAAGGAGGCCGAUUUGAAAUUACCGGCGAAGCUGCCAUCGGCACUGGCGCCUCGAACAACGCCGAAGCAGGAGGAAGCUGAGGGACAGGAUCAGGCAGCAGAAGAAGCAGAUUCUGGCCAGAAGCUAGCAAAGGACAUUAACAAGAUGAACAUCAAGGAGCUAAAGGAAGUUGCCGAAAGUCUCGGCUUGGAGCAUGAAGGCUUGAAGAAGGUCCAGCUCCUCCCGCUCAUUGUGGCCAAGCAGGAAUGCAGGCAAGGCGGCGUUGAGCAUGAUGUGAUCAUAGUCCUCCACUUCAUUCUGGUCUCACGGCAUCUCUCCCUGUACGCGGCACUGUCAGGUUUGAGUUUUGAGACCACAGCUCCACCUACAAACAAAGCCUCAGAUGCAGCCGUCGCAGCAAAGCAGGUUCCUGGAUGCAACUUUCCAGCCUUCACUACGGAAGAGCAAGAUGAGAACAGCAAGCCGCCCUCCGUAAAUCCCGCUGCACGAACAGGAGGGAAGCCCAGCCAGGCUCCUCCCAACAUGAAGGUCGCAGUGAGGGAACCAAAGAAAAAGGACAAGCACGCAAUUUGGCAGCCCGAAGAGUUCAAGGCGGCAUCUGGCGUUGUCGUAAAAAGCGAGGGUGACGAUCGUGCCAUUCCGAGAUACGAGGUUCUUCCGCGACAGAGACUCCAGGCUUCUGAUGCCUACCUGAACCUGCAGGACAUGGACCCUUCCAGCGACAGGUGUCAAGAGCUUCUCAUCAAGAUCUGGCUUCCAGGAACACAGCUGAAGGACAUCUCGCUGGAUGUGCUUGAGGACCGAAUACUUCUGCAAGCUCCCAAGCACCAGCUGAACCUGGCAUUGCCCCACAGAGUCAGAAAGGAUUCCGGAAAUGCGAAAUGGGACAAGCUUGCUGGAAUGCUCUCCGUUGUGGUGCCCGUGGAUCAGAAGGUCAAGUACUUCAGCAAAACCGACGAGAUUUUCGCCGAUUAG